GGUCACAGCCUCCUCCCAGCCUGAACACACUGCAGUGAGAAAGAAGAGGACCAUCAAUGAAACUGAGAGAAGUUUGAACUAACAGGUCAGUGGUGGAGCCUGGUGCUGCUGAGUGCCAGUGAUGGAGCUGAAGGUGUGGGUGGAGGGCGUGGUCAGAGUGGUCUGCGGCCUAUCACUAAGCACUUCCUGUCGGGACGUCGUGAUAGCUCUUGCACAAGCCAUUGGUCAGACAGGUCGUUACAACCUCACGUUGAAGCUACGAGGGAAUGAGAGACCCUUAGUUGCCGAUGACUGUCCACUGCAGCAUCUGGCUCAGCUGGGACAGCUGGCUUCAGAGGUCCAGUUCAUUCUGCGGAGGACCGGACCCAGCCACAGUGAGGGCCAAGACACACCAACCAGAGAGACACGUCUUCCCUUACCUCGACCGUCAGAAGAACCAGAGCCCCUCAAACGCAGGGAGCCAUACAAGGCUCUCACCUUCAGCCUGGGUCCCUUAACACUUCCCAGGAGGACUAAACCAAACAGGGCCUGUUCUCCAUCGCCCAGAUCCUCCCCAGAACCACGAGCUUCCCCUGUCUCUGUCUUAGACAAUCCCAACUCUGUGAAGGCUGUUCCCUCUUACCCCUCCAAAGAGGAGGUAUUUAGGCAGGUUCUGCAACAACAGAGGAGAUUACAAGACCUGGAGGUUCAGCUUCGAGCUCUAGAAAGGGAGACAGAGGUGUGGGAGCAGGAAAUGUCAUUUGCUACGGUUCCAAGUCUGACUCUGGGCCUUGCAGAGGAACUGGAAGAACUGGAACAACGACUGAGGCAAAAUGAGGUAGAGCUCAUGCACCGAGCACACUGGAAGGGACAGUUACAGGCAGAGAUGGACCGAGAACAAGAUAUGCACAGACGUCUACACCAGAUACACUCAUCAAUAGAUGAUCACAGCUACCAGGUCACGGAGCUCCAAGCCCGUUCUGAACAACUAGAACAGGACAUACAACUCACAGCCCAAAGACAGAGCUCUCUGGCAGGACCUCAGCAGCAAGAGGAGGCUCUGAGACCCCUGAGGCAGGAGCUCCACAACCGCCAGGAGCAGGCACAACAGCUGGAUGAAGCACUGUCAGAGUCACAGAGAGAGCUGCGAGCAGCAGAGGAAAUGCUAAAGGACAGAUGGGAGCGGAUGGAGGAUCUGAAUAAGGAGCUGAGACAGUGUAACCUGCAGCAGUUCAUCCAGCAGACCAGUGGCCUGAACACCGACCAGACAAACUCCCUGCCCGUCCCUGAAGUUUACCUCAGCAACGCCGGUAUUUUGGAGUAGGAACAGCCAAAACACUGUGACUGUACGUCAACAGGACAUGAAGAAGAAAAACACGGUCCCAGAGUCAGAAAAACCUAAAGCCCGUCCAGACUCUCCCGUGUGUGUGUGUGUGUGUGUGUGUGUGUGUGUGUGUGUGUGUGUGUGUGAACUGUGUGUCUGAUAAGCCAGACACUGCCAGGUUCUUUGUAAAAAUAAAGACUGUCUUUGAAAGGAAAUAAAACAAAUGUUGAUGCCACUGAUGAAAACAGAUGUUUUUUUGCUCAGAUACGAGGUGACACAACACUCUAACACCCUGAGACUAGUUUCACUCUCUUGCUUUUUUGCCAUUUAAUCAGUCUUAAAGUGUUUUGGCUCAACAUGUCAAAGUAAUGAUGGUUAAUCUCACUGUUUAUUAAUAGUCACAGUUGCCAUUGCAUUGUGCAUACAUGACCAUAAAUCACUGUCCAACACUUCACUACACUAUAUUUCUUUUUGUGUACAAAAAUAUUUGUGUGACUCUUCUGUGUAAGUCUUCUAACGUCAGAGUCCCUGAAGUUCCCAAGAACUAGAGGAAUGAUUAGAAAUUUCCAGCCCAUGUUCACUGGCUGUGCAUUACGAGAUCAAUAAGUUCUGAUCACC